AUGGGCAAUAACACCUCGAAACCUGCAGACCCUUCCUAUACUUACUGCUCUAGGGCAACUGCAUCCAACGGAAAAGAAGAUGAUGAACUCGUCCUCAAAUUGCAGAACAUGCUCUUGAAUGAAAAUCCUGUUGAUGCUUCGGAUGAAGAGGGGUUUUCGGGCAGUGCUGGCUCUGAAUCAUCCAGCGAUCCAAUCUCAGUUGAUACAUUGAAUGAGUGGAAUGAGGAAUUGUUGUCAGACCCAAAGAACAAGCUUGCCCUCAACUGCUUCACGGGAAACGACAUCAGAAAGAUCAUCUCGAAAACUGCCAAGAUGAACAAAAGCAACCAGGACUUGUUUAAUGUGACUGUUAAGUACGAAGGAAAGCCAAUCACGAACCAGAAGUCUUCGGGAAGAUGUUGGUUGUUUGCCUCAACAAAUGUGUUCAAGGAGUUUAUCAAGGCCAAGUUCAACCUGGAGGAGUUCGAAUUCUCACAGAACUACCUCUUCUUUUAUGACAAGUUGGAAAAGUGCAACUGGUUCUUGAACAGGAUCCUUGAGUCGUCCGAUGAGGAUAUUGACUCUCGUUUGGUCCAGUUUCUUCUCCAGAUGCCAGAGAACGAUGGCGGUCAAUGGGACAUGGUCGUGAACCUUGUCUCCAGGUACGGACUUGUGCCUAAGACGGCAUACAACGACUCUGCAUCGUCAUUGAAUUCCAGCCCUCUAAAUUACUUGGUGAGUGAGAAAUUGCGCGAGUAUGCACUAAUCUUGAGAAAGCUGAAGCGCGAUGAGAGCGAGAAGUUCGAGGAUGGAGAGGAGGGACUAGCUGCGUCGAUCGCCGCCGCCAAGAAGUCGAUGUUGCAGCAGAUAUACAACAUUCUUGCACUCACGCUUGGUGUUCCUCCUAAGCCAGACGAGAAGUUUGUCUGGGAGUACAAGGAUAAGGACGGGAAUUACGGCCGCAUCAACACCACUCCGGUGGGAUUCUACACGGAUGUUUUGGGCUUUAAAGCCGACGAGUACUUCUCGUUGAUCAACGACCCAAGAAAUGUCGAGGGUUUGUACACUGUGGACAAGUUGGGCAAUAUCGAGGGUGGAAAACCCAUCGAGUACGUCAACACGUCCAUUUCGAACUUGAAGCAGGCAGCAAUCGCCAUGUUGCAGGACAAUCAUCCUGUCUUCUUCGGUUCAGACGUUGGAAAAUUUGAAGAUACAUCGAUCGGUCUUUUGGACACCAAGUCUUGGGACUACAAGCUUGGUUUUGGAACAGACAUGAACUUGUCCAAGAAGCAGAGGUUGCUCACCGGCUCCUCCCAGAUGACCCAUGCCAUGGUCUUGACAGGUGUCCAUCUUGUUGAUGGAAAGCCAAUCCGGUGGAGAGUUGAGAAUUCCUGGGGUGAAUACGGCCCACAUAAGGGCUAUUUUGUGAUGAGUGACCGCUGGUUCAACGAGUACGUUUUCCAGAUUGUCACAAGUGCCAAAUACGCCGACAAGAAACUCGUCGAUUUCUGGAAGAGCAAGGACUACAAAGUUCUUCCAUACUACGACCCAAUGGGUGCACUCGCUUGA